CCGGGCUCGGUGGGCAGCCGCGGCCGGAGCGGGCUGGGAGGCUCCGCCGCGGGGCUCCAUGGAGAAGGCGGCAGCGGCGAGCGAGGGCGGCGGCGGCGGCAGCAACAGCAGCAGCCGCAGCAGCAGCCGCCCCACGUCUGCCGGCUCGUCUCCCUCGUCCUCCUCCGCCAGCCGCGGGCUGCCGGGCCGGGCGGCGGCCGCGGGGAGGCUGGAUGGAGGCGGCAGCCCCGGCUCGGCGGCGGCCAGCCCGGGGGGCGCGCAGGCGCCCGGAGGCGGCAGGCGGCGGGAGCCGGUGCUGGAAGGGACGCUCAGCAAAUACACCAACCUCCUGCAGGGCUGGCAGAGCAGGUACUUUGUGCUGGACUUUGAGACGGGGAUUCUGCAGUAUUUCGUGAAUGAACAAAGUAAAAACCAGAAGCCACGAGGAACCUUGUCUUUAGCUGGAGCUAUAAUAACACCCAGUGAUGAAGUGCCACACAUGUUGGUGGUCUACUCUGCUAAUGGAGAGAUGUAUAAAUUGAGAGCUGCUGAUGCAAAGGAGAAACAAUACUGGAUAACUCAGCUUCAAUCCUGUGCCAAACAUCACAAGGAAAGUAAUUCUAAGAGCAUUUCAUCCUCACGAAGUAGAAGCUCAUCUCUGCUACCACCUGGAACAGUUAAUUCUGCAUCUCCAAGUGGCCAGAAACAUAUGAAUCAAAGUGGGCCAACUGUUGUAACCAUCACACAUCACAAAUCACCUGCAGCUGCUCGAAGAGCAAAGAGUCAGCGUUCUGGCCAACUCCAUGAAGUAAGAGAGAUCAUGAGCCAAGUUGAGGGACAACAGAAGAAUCUUGUACAAGCCAUUGAAGCUCUCCCAAGUUCUGGACCCCUUUCUGCCUUGGAUCAGGACUUGCUGCUUUUAAAAGCUACCUCUGCUGCCACCCUGAGCUGCCUUGGAGAAUGCCUGACUCUGUUACAGCAAAGCAUGCAUCAAGUGGGCCAGCAUCAUAGCAGGACACUGUCAUCGGAAGGUAUCCUGGGAUGGGCUGGGCCCAAGUCACACUCCACAGAGCAACUGAAAAAUGGUGCCCUCAGCUCCUUAUCCUCUGCUAGUGCCAACAUUACAUGGGCAAUAGUACCAUCGGCAGCCCAGGAUGGACAGGCACUACAACCAAAUACAGAGCAUUCAGCUUCUGAGUUGAUCCUAGUUGAAGAUGAAAUGACAGAUACUGAAGAUAAUGAAGAAGAGGAUUUAGGAGUCAUGGAUGAUCAACGUAGUGUAAUUCUCCAUCUCAUCUCUCAGCUCAAACUUGGCAUGGACCUUACCAGGGUAGUGCUUCCAACAUUUAUUUUGGAGAAAAGAUCCCUGCUGGAGAUGUAUGCAAAUUUCAUGGCCCAUCCAGACCUGUUUUUGUCAAUUGCAGCUGGAGCCACUCCCGAGGAAAGAAUUAUCUGCUUUGUGGAGUAUUAUCUAACAGCUUUUCACGAAGGCCGAAAGGGAGCGGUUGCCAAGAAGCCCUAUAACCCUAUAAUUGGCGAAACGUUUCAUUGCUCGUGGGAUGUGCCUAAAGAUAAAGUGAAAGGAUUCAGAACUAAUGGUGCCUCCGUGGUUUCUAAGGACCCAACCAAGGAGUUUGGCCAGGACCCAUCCAUGUGCUACAAGCUGAGGUUUGUAGCUGAACAAGUAUCCCAUCAUCCACCGGUGUCUUGCUUUUACUGUGAGUGCAAAGAGAAGAAAAUGUGUGUGAACGCUCACAUAUGGACCAAAAGCAAGUUUAUGGGCAUGUCAAUAGGUGUUUCUAUGGUAGGUGAAGGUGUUCUUCACCUGCUAGAACAUGAAGAAGAGUAUGUUUUCACCCUGCCUAGUGCCUAUGCUCGCUCAAUACUUACCAUCCCAUGGGUGGAACUUGGAGGGAAAGUCAAUAUCAGCUGUGCCAAAACAGGCUAUUCUGCUACGGUCACGUUCCACACCAAGCCAUUCUAUGGAGGGAAGGUCCACAGGGUUACAGCUGAAGUGAAACACAAUCCCACCAACACCAUUGUCUGCAAGGCCCAGGGAGAGUGGAAUGGUACGCUGGAAUUCACUUACAGCAAUGGAGAAACCAAAGUGAUUGACACCAACAAACUGCCUGUUAUCAGGAAGAAGAUUAGGCCGAUAGAAAAGCAAGGCCCACUGGAAUCAAGGCGCCUUUGGCAGCACGUCACCAGCUCCCUGAAGGAAGGGAAUAUUGAUGCAGCGACAGAACACAAGCACCACCUAGAAGAGAGACAGCGAGCAGAGGAGAGGCAACGUGUGGCUCUUACAACGCCAUGGAAACCAAAAUAUUUUGCCAAAGAGGGCGAUGGUUGGCUAUACUUGAAUCCUCUCUGGAAGACCCAUUGACGGGAUAGAGCCGUUGCCUCACGACUUUACCUUAAAGGCAUUAAAAUGAUACAGUAUAUAACUUCAAGAUGUCAUUGAGUAGGUUUUGUUACCAGAAGAUACAAACAGGAAGCUAUAUACUGUGAAUGAUGCAUCUCAAAAUAACCACAAGCUCAAGUUAUUCAGGAGUCAUUUUGUGUGUAUGGAUACACAAACACGCACGCACAUGUCCAUAUAUACACAAAUAUAUACACGCAGUGUGUAUGUGCUUGUGUGUGUAUUAUUUACACUACAUGUAAACAAUUAUAAACACUAACAGUGAUUUAAAGACCUUUUCCUCUAAGUGUUAGGGCACAGAACUCCAGCUGGACUCAGCUGGGGUUCCCCGAGUUGCGUGCUUGCAGCAUCAGGCCCUAUGCUAGUAUUUAAGAAAAUACUUUUUUAUUAGUACUGGUUAAGGUUUUUCUAUUUUUCACUUUUGCCAAAAAUGUUUUGCACUUAAAAUGUGACGUGUCACUUAAUGGCAGUCAUUCUGUCUCAACAGUCAUAGAGGAACUCACUUUGACAUAAGAAUGAUUCGCAGACACUCUUGGGGGUGCUGGUGUGAGAGCAUGUUUCCUGUCACUUCUGAGGGUGAAUUUUCUGCUGUCUUACAAGAAGUAGCAAUACCUCCUCAGCAACAUUGUUUGCACGAACCCCCCCCUCCCCGUGUCCUCCCUUUUUGGUUGCUUCAUACUUCCAGCUGUUUAAUAGGUCUCUGAUCACCAGUGAGGCAGCUGCUCUGGUAAUUUUGAUCUUCUGUGUAUGUUCUCUGGCACUGUCAUGCUGUUGCUUUUGAGUUACAUGUUCUGCUAAAUAGCUGCUGCAGACACAGCUGUGGUGUUCCAGCUCACUCUUGCCUCAGCUUUCCACCCCUGCCUAGCAGAGGCAGGAAAGCCUGUUGGGCUGUGCCUGAGGCACCCCUGCUCACAGCUUUGCCUGUGAAGUUAAACCGCUGUGGAUGCGUUCUGGUUAAAAUGCCAGGCUGGGCAUCGAGGCAGGUGAGGCUGGGUAGAAGACCUGUGUCACCUGAGAGCCUUCCCCACCAGCCAGGAGGCAGGCUCUCUCUACGCUGCUCUGGGAAAUCAGACUGAGCUCUUUUGGUCAGAGCCCUUAAUUCCAUUUUAAGGCAUCAAGCAGAUCUGUUUUUUGAUUUCUUUUGCUUUUAACCCAGUUGCUUGGCUCUGGAUGAAACAUUUGGAUGAAUAGAGGUGAUAUAACCAGCCUUCUCAGAUGAAUAGUUUUCUGAUGUAAAAGGAACAAUUCAGUAAAUUAUUACUCUGAGACAAUAACUUUAUUAAUGGAACAACUGAAAUGGGAUAGAAUUUGUUUUGUGAAGUAAAAAAACAACCCAGUAAGUACACAAUCCUGUAGUUUGCACUUGCUUUGUAAGGUAACCACUGUGACAGUAAGAAAGUGGAUUCCAAAAGCAUGUUAAGGCUUUGUGGCUUUUUAGUUCCUAUUUGUUGAAAGUGAAGAUGUGUUUGAGAGAAGUAGGAAGAAAAGGCAAAUGUAAAAUGUGCUGACUUCUGCUACAGCGCCUCGUAAAGAAACCACUGUAUUUCUAACACACUAGCACGGAUGCCUACCUUGCUGUAGUACUGAUUAAUUUUGUGCCUUUUGUUUGCUUUCUUAAUACAGUAACUUACGCUUUAUAGAUAUUACACAAAUAUAUUUAGGUCAGAGUGCUGCUUAUAUCUGUUCUUGUGCAUCCUGCAUUUUAAUCAUUAUUAUUUUGGUAGAUGUUAAAUUCUCUGGAGUAACUCAGAAGGCUUGAUCGGAGGUGUGUGCGCAAGGAAACAUGCCAUUAGUUGUGCAUCUGGACAUAAGAGAUCUUUACAUUUGAACUUCAGAUCGUAUUUAAUGAACCUUUUUCCUCCUAAAUACUGUUUUGUCUGCUUUUUUUUUUUGCACAUUAGAAAGAUUCAUGUUACAAAUUAUUUAAACCCUAUUAAAAAAAAAAUCGACUGUAUGAGCUUGGUUUUGUAAUUGACACUUUUUUUUGUUAAAAGGAAAAAAAGUCUUAUUUUUAGGGAUAGUUGAUGUUUUUCUGUAACAAAAUCAAAAUGAUGCUGUCAUAGUAAUCACUGAACCACUACCAAGUAUAAUCAGGAAAACGUGUACUUUUGUCACCUGCAAGAAUUAACUUUAUACUGGCUCCACUCUUAUUCUAGAGGUUAGUCAGAUCCAUAAUUAGAAGCAUUCAUACCAUUUCUAAUAUCAUCACAAAGAGCGAUCAGAAAUGUAGUCUUAAACACAUGGAACAUCCUCCCAGAACUUUGAUGUUCACACACCAAAGAACAAGCCACAUACUCAGUAAAAAUAGCCAUUGAAAACCUCUCUGCCAGGCACGCAGACCUGGGCUCCUGAAAGAGUCGACCUCUUUCAGCUUUGAUGGUAGGACUGUCAAGGCUACACUGACGCGGUAGACGUUCGUUUAAGGAGAAAUUGGAAUUAUUUUAUGCUUGUAAUUUAUUGAAGAUUUUGUCUGCAUGGUUGGUUGUUUCUGCAUGCAGAGAACAUUUCACUUGUGCUCUGAUGUUUUGUUCUGAUGCUGUGAAGAAUCCUGAUGCCAUGAUCACCAUUUCUUUUCCAAAGUAACUUGGGAGAUGCAAAGAUAAAAAUAGUCCUUUUUGAAAAGAUCCCAUCAGCGAGAGAGUCCAGAACAAGACUCACAAGUGUCAUUUUAUUUUUCCUAUAGUAUAUUUUACAGGACUGAAAAGUAAAUAUUUAUAAGCCUUAUUCUGUAGGUUGUUCCAAUAGCUGUCUUGGACUUGCAAGCAGAUAUUUUAAUUUUCAAGUAGCCAAUGUACACUCUGAAUUGUAAUGUAAAAACCCCCAUGUACUUCGUUUUUUUAUGCACACCUGUAGAAAGCCUAUGCAACAUUUUUCUUUCUCAAAUUAGAAACGUGCAGAAAAAAAAUUUAUACCUUUAUCAUCUAAAAGAUGCUCUGGCAGUCUCUUCUGAUUUGCCUUCCUUUCAUAAUUUGUGAAUUUAAAAUGACAAUGUUCAUUAAUAAAAAAUUUGUUUCAUUUA